AUGCACGCUGCUCUGCGCUCAGCUUCGCGUACGGCUCUGGCUCAUGCUCGCCAGCCGACACCUGUCAUCACCCGUUCUGCCUCUGUAACUCGCGCUCUCCCGAGUUCCUCUGUUGCGCUUGGAACACGUGGCUAUGCAAGCAAGGGAAAGCGUACGAAGAAAGCCGCUGAUUCGACGGCUGGCUCUCGCUCGAACGAUGUGAAUUCCGGACCGGCGGACGCGGAGGCCAGCGCGGCAGGUCAAUCACCUUUCGAGGCACCCCCGCCGCCGGAAACUACCGGUUCUACUUCGACGGCGAAGAAGGCAGCAGCGGAUGCAGCGGCGAACGCGACACCAGAGUCCACAACUCCCAUCCCGCCGGCGCCUUCGCCACAGUCAUUAUCCUUGGAUGUCGCGCCUCCAGACCCCACUGAAGAGGCGGGUUCAGGUGGCCGUACGGGUGCUCGCUCCUCAAAAGAUAGCUUGUCAAGUAUCGAGCGUCGGCAGCGUCGUCUUGCUCGCCUUGGCAUGGGCGUAGUCGCUCUGGGCCUCGUUGGUGCCACGGUCUACAUGGGUCGUGAGUGGGAAUCCGAUGAGUUGAAGGAACGCAAGCUGACUGAGGAGACGGCACCGACAACACGAUAUGGGCGUACUCUGGAACGCUUCACGUCCUUAUUCGACUUCUUCUCGAAACCCGCAUGGACGGAGCUUCUGCCACCUCCGUUGCCCGCGCCGCAUCAGAAACCAUACACGUUACUGGUAUCCAUCGACGAUCUGCUGGUUACCUCCACCUGGGAUCGCCAGCACGGAUGGCGGACCGCCAAGCGACCCGGUGUCGAUUAUUUCCUCGCCUACCUUUCUCAGUUCUAUGAGAUCGUCAUCUUCACCACCCAAGCCUCCUUCACGGCCAUGCCCAUUGUGGAAAAGUUGGAUCCUUACGGGUUCUCCAUCGCAUACAAACUCUAUCGCGAGUCCACGCGCGCUGGACCAGAUGGACCCGUUAAGGAUCUGUCGUACCUAAACCGGCCACUGGACAAGGUCAUUCUCCUCGACGCGCACCCGGAGCACUGCACCGCGCAGCCCGAGAAUGCCAUCAUAAUCAAGCCCUGGAAGGGCCAACCAGGCGACAAGGGCCUCAUCGAAAUGAUUCCCUUCCUCGAGUCGAUCGGCAUCUACCGUCCGAACGACAUCCGUCCUAUACUCAAGGCAUACGAAGGGAAAGACAUCCCGAAGGAGUAUGCCAUCAAGGAGGCUGCGGAGAAGAAAGCGCUCAUCGAGGAUUGGAAGGCGCGCGGCGGAGGCAAGGGUCUUUCGGCCGGCGGCUUCACAUUCUCGAGCUUGUUCGGCGGCAAAGAGCCCAAACAGGCGGGCCCCGCGCUCCCGGAAACGUUCCUUGAGCGUGCUCGUCGGGAGGCGCAGAACAUCUACCUUCAAGAGCAGAAGUACCUGCGCGACAACAAGGCAGAGUUCGAUCGCUUGAUGAAAGAGGACAUGGAACAGCGUCAGAAGGAGAUGGGUGGUACCAUCUUUGGAAUGAUGACCGGCAUGGCGGCAGCGGGCGCGAAGCCGCCUGGGCAGGAGGAGGCUCAGGAUGGCGAGAAGCCAUCGGCGGCCAAGGCAUAG